CUGUCAAGAUGCAAUUUUCAAUUGUGUUGUUAUUGGCCUCCGUUGUGGCCUGCACAUGGGCCGGCAAUGUACCCACCCAACCGCCAACAAAACAAUUGGUGUGCUAUUAUGAUUCGGCCAGUUUUGUUAAAGAAGGUCUUGCCAAAAUGGUUGUCGACGAUUUGGAACCCUCAUUCCAAUUUUGCACGUACAUCAUCUACGGUUAUGCCGGUAUUGAACGUGACUCCUUCAAGGCCAUGAGUUUGAAUCAAAAUCUCGAUCUGGAUUUGGGCAAGGGUCUGUAUCGUACUGUGACUCGUCUAAAGCGUAAAUAUCCCAAUGUUAAGGUUAUGUUGAGUGUUGGUGGUGAUCGCGAUAUUGAGACUGGUGAAGAUGCCAAGGAUCUGCCCAAUAAAUAUUUGGAACUUUUGGAAAAUCCCAUUGGCCGUCAACGUUUCAUUAAUACCAUUUAUGCUUUGGUUAAGACCUAUGGUUUCGAUGGUGUCGAUAUGGCCUAUCAAUUCCCCAAAAAUAAACCCAAGAAGGUGCACAGUGGUUUGGGUAGCUUCUGGAAGGGUUUGAAAAAGACUUUCACUGGUGACUUUGAUGUUGAUCCCGAAUCGGAAAUGCACAAGGAACAAUUUACCGCUUUGAUGCGUGAAUUGAAAAAUGAAUUGCGUCCUGAUAACUACUUGGUUUCCGCCACGGUGUUGCCCAAUGUUAAUUCAUCGAAAUUCUUUGAUGUCGCUGCCCUGAACAGCUAUGUUGACUUUGUCAACUUGGCUGCCUUUGAUUUCUACACCCCCGAACGCAAUCCCACUGUGGCUGAUAUUGCCGCUCCCCUCUACCCCAUGGCUGAUCGUAAUCCUGAAUUCAGUGUCGAUUCUGUGGUCCAACAUUGGUUACGCAAUGGCUUCCCCAGCACCAAAAUUAAUGUUGGCAUCAGCACCUAUGGCCGCCCCUGGAAAAUGACUGAUGAUUCGGGUGAUUCUGGCAUUCCACCAAUUAGCAAGGUUGAAAAUGCCGCACCCAAGGGUGAAAAUACACAAAUUCAAGGUCUCUACAGCUGGCAAGAGGUGUGCCAAAUGUUGCCCAAUGCCAAUAAUAUGUAUGCCAAGGGUGCUAAUGCCCCAUUGAAAAAGGUCCUUGAUCCUGCCCGCAGAAGUGGUGUGUACGCCUUCCGUGCUGCCGACAAAAAGGGCGAUCACGGUGUUUGGGUAUCCUAUGAGGAUCCUGAUACCGCUGCUGAAAAGACUGCCUAUUCGAAGAAUUUGAAUUUGGGUGGUGUUGCUCUGUUCGAUUUGGAAUAUGAUGAUUUCCGUGGCUUGUGCGUCGGAGAGAAAUAUCCCAUUUUGAGAGCCAUUAAAUAUCGUUUACUCAACUAAGUGGUGGAGUAGGAGGAGGAGGAU